AUGCAUUGCCAUGCGACUAGCAGCAGCAGCGCAGUAGGGCCGGCGUCAGACACCAGCACCAGAGACGCUGCCCGCAGCAGCCACCAAGCUGGCGGCGUGGCGUCGGCGGCGGCCGGCGGUGUCACCGCGCCCGAGCAGCUCCGCAGCAGCAGCAGCAGCAGCAGCAGCAGUAGCAAGCAGCAAGCAGUGGGGAAUGGAAGCAUUCGGGCGGCUGCAGCAGCGGCAGUGCCCAGCGGCAGCAGCGGCAGCAGCCUAGCAGAGCAGCCGCCCGAGACGGGGCUCGUGCCAGAUGCUUGGCGGGGGCCCCUUGCAUCCAGCAGCGCCGCCGCUGCUGCAGCGGCCGCGGCCGCGGCCGCCGCUGCAGCCAGUAGCAGCAACGGCAGCCAGGCGCAGCUGCCGGCGGCGUUCCCGGAGGUAGCAGGCGCCGCCACGGCGUCGGCGGGGAUCGGGGUGCUUGGAGGGCCGGGCGCGGCAGAGGCUCCCGCGGAACGAUCACGCAUCCGCGACUCCUGGAACUCUCUCAUGCGCUGGUCCCGCUACUUCAGGUCCAAGGAGGAGAGCAACGAGGUGCUGGACAAGCUUGAGAAGGUGGUGGUGUUUGGGGGCGGCAGCUUUGGCACCGCCAUGGGCGUCUGCCUGGCGCGGCAGAAGCAGGACCUGCAGGUGACGCUGCUGCUGCGGGACCCCUACCUCUGCAAGGACAUCAACGACCAGCACUGCAACACGCGCUACCUCAAGGACUACUCGCUGCCGCCCAACGUCACCGCCACCACCUCGCCACGCGAGGCCAUUACCGGCGCGCAGUUUGCCAUCCACGCCGUCCCGGAGCUGCUGCCCCCGGGCCUGCCCAUCAUCAGCGUCAGCAAGGGGAUUGAGGUGACCAGCGGGCAGCUGAUGAGCGAGGUCAUCCCCUCGGUGCUGGGCAAGAAGCAGCCCACGGUGUACCUUUCGGGGCCCAGCUUUGCCAGGGAGGUGAUGAUUGGGCGGCCAACCUGUGUCGUGGCGGCAUCCAAGGACAAGGCGCUGGCCCGCACCGUGCAGCGCCUGUUUGCCUCCCCAGACAUGCGUGUGAAUACCACUACUGACGUGAUUGGCGUGGAGAUUUGCGGGUCGCUCAAGAAUGUGCUGGCCAUCGCGGCGGGGAUUGGCUGCGUGGAGAUCCGGUGGCUGGCCACCAAGAUGGGCGCCAAGGCGUCGACCAUCAGCGGGCUGUCAGGCCUGGGCGACAUCAUGCUCACCUGCUACGGCAGCCUGUCCCGCAACCGCACGGUGGGCGUGCGGCUGGGGCAGGGCGAGAAGCUGCCCGAGAUCCUGGCUUCAAGCUCCCAGGUGGCAGAGGGCGUGGCCACAGCAGAGGUGGUGGUCAACCUGGCGCGCAAGUACCGCGUGCAGCUGCCGGUGCUGACGGCGGUGGCGCAGGUGGUGGAUGGACACAUCACCGCGCGGCAGGCCGUGUUUGAAAUCAUGAACCUGCCGCAGAUCGAGGAGCGGUAG